ACUAAAAAGAAACAAAGCUCUAUGAAGCUCACAAAUCCCCUUGUGUACCUUUUAAUAAAAUCCUCAGGGCAGUGUUGGAGCAGCCUACCUGUUGAUCCACCUUCCUGACUCUUCCUAACCUAAAGCCUGGAGUAUAAAAAGUGGCUUAAAUACCACAGCAUAUUUGAAAUCAAGCUGUCCUUCUGUGGAAUACCCAUGGCCUGAGGAAAAUGCCACAGGGCUGUCUUCUCUUCUCACCAGGAGGAAGGGAUUCUCACCAUGGCCAUAACACAGUUUCGGCUCUUUAAAAUCUGUACUUGCCUGGCAGCAGUGCUUUCUUUCAUUAAAAAGCUAAUAUGCAGGUCUGGCAGAGGGCGAAAGUUAAGUGGAGACCAAAUAACCUUGCCAACCACAGUGGAUUAUUCAUCUGUUCCCAAACAGCCAGAAGUAGAAGACUGGUCUUCAUGGGAUGAAGAUGCACCUACGAGUGUGAAAAUUGAGGGUGGGAAUGGUAAUGUGGCUGCUCAACAAAAUGCUUUGGAACAAAUGGAACCUGAUUAUUUCAAAGACAUGACACCAACUAUAAGAAAAACUCAAAAAAUAGUUAUUAAAAAACGAGAGCCUUUAAAUUUUGGGAUCCCAGAGGGAAACACAGGAUUCUCUAGCAGAUUAGCAGCUACACAAGAUAUUCCUUUUAUUCACCAGUCUCCUGAAUUAGGAGACCUGGAUACCUGGCAAGAAAAUACUAAUGCUUGGGAAGAAGAGGAAGAUGCUGCCUGGCAGGCAGAAGAAGUUCUUAGGCAGCAGAAGAUGGCAGAAAGGGAAAAGAGAGCAGCAGAACAACAACGAAAGAAAAUGGAGAAAGAGGCACAAAGGCUAAUGAAAAAAGAACAAAACAAAAUUGGUGUUAAACUUUCCUAACAGAAAUCAGGCAUCAAUGGCAGUGCCAGUGAAAAAGAAUUCCAGCUCUACACAAAUGCAUUAUUGGUAUUGAUUUAAGUAUUUCUAGGACUUGGACGCACUGCUUGGUUUUAAUGCAUUCUUCAGGUCAUCUUGGAAGCCAGAAUUCUCCUAAAAUACCUUGAACUAGUGGACAGAUCUUUAAUGGGGCAGGGGGGGACCACAUGCAAAAUCAUGCCUUGAUGGAAUGGUGUUUCCUGCAAUAGCUCUAUUCCGGCAUCCUUCUCUGCAAGGAAAGUGAUUGAACAAGAAUGUUGAUUGAGAGACGCUCUUAAUGAACAGCUCAAGCUUAGGAAAAGGAGUGUAAAUAUUCAGUGGUGGGGAAUCUAUUGUAUUGUCUGUGCUUACCCGAAAUAUGUAAUUAAAGAGUUUUAAAGAA